GGACCGCGUUCGUCAUGGCUAAGCAGGAGACGACAGCGGGGCACACGAACCCCGCCUUUGUCAACGAUGAAGGAGCACCAUGCAGGCGCGACCAAGGCAGCGGAAGCAGGCGAGUCAGCUGCUGCGGUGGCCAAGCAGAAGGAGCUGACGAAGGAGCAGAAGCAGGAGAAGUUCCAGAUGCUCAAGAACGUGUUCAUCAUCUCCAUUGCGUUCAUGUUCUUGUUCACCAGCUUCAAUUCGAUGGCGAAUCUGCAGUCGUCGAUUAAUAAAGUCGAAGGCACGGCCGCCCUCUCCACCCUCUACGCCGCCCUCGUCAUAUCCUGCGCCUUCGUGCCCACGUGGAUGAUCAAAAAGUUCAAAGCCAAGUGGACUCUUGCCGUGUCCAUGUUGGGUUACUCGACCUACAUAGCCGCCCAGUUCUACCCUCGGGUGUGGACUCUCGUGCCCACCUCCAUCCUGCUGGGUCUCGGGGCGGCGCCCAUGUGGUCGGCCAAGUGCACGUAUCUGACGCAGGUCGGCACGAAGUACGCGGCGCUGGUGGGCGAGAAACGCCGAGGUCGUCAUCGUGAGGUUCUCGGGAUCUUCUUCCUGUUCUUCCAGUCGACGCAGGUCUGGGGGAACCUCAUCUCUUCUUCGGUCUUGUCCCAGGGGAAGGAAGUCGACGACACCCCGGACGAGGUCGCCCUCCUCUCCUGCGGCGUCAACUUCUGCCCCCACACCCACGCCGAGAACAACAACACCAACCUCGCGAAGCCGCCGGAGUCACAGAUCUACACCAUGGCUUCCAUCUACCUGGCUUGUGCUCUCCUGUCCUCCGUGAUUAUCGCCGUUUUCGUGGAUCCGCUGACCAAGUACGGCGAAGAUGACCGCGUGGGCUCCUCGACCGGCAAGAGCGGCUUGACUCCUCUCGUGGCCACUUUCAACCACAUGAGGCACCCCUACCAGUUGCUGAUCAUUCCCCUCACCAUCUGGUCGGGGGUCGAGCAGGCUUUCAUCGGCGCUGCUGAUUACACGGCUGCCUACGUCUCCUGCGGCCUGGGUGUCCACAUGGUCGGCUACGUCAUGAUCUGCUACGGGGUCUGCGACGCUGUCUGCUCCGUCAGCUUCAGCCCGCUCGUCAAGAUGAUUGGGCGUGUGAGGGUGUUCAGCGUGGGCGCCGUCAUCAACUUGGUCAUCAUCAUCACUCUUCGGUACUGGAUGCCGCACCCGGACGACUUCCUCGUGUUCUUCGUCAUGGCGGCGCUGUGGGGCGUGUCCGACGCCGUGUGGCAGACGCAGAUCAAUGCUCUAUACGGCGUCCUCUUCACCGAUAGUUCAGAAGCAGCCUUUAGCAACUACCGACUGUGGGAGAGUCUGGGCUACAUCCUGGGCUAUGUUGUCACCACAUACUCGUGUAUGAUGACCAAGCUUUACUUUAACAUGUGUAUCCUCGCGGUUGGGAUGCUGGGCUUCUAUGCCAUCGAAAUCUGGGAGAGGAAGAAGGGAAACCACAAGAAGAUGAGUAAAAAGAAAAGAGAUUUUUUUUUUCCUUUUUUUCUCUCUCUCUCUCUUUCCUUCGACGAAAACAAGCAAGUAUUUUUGUGUUUGUACAGAGGCAAGACAAUAAUAAAGCAGGUUGGGUAGUGUAAAUAGAUAGGU